AUGUCAUUGCGGAGCGUGCGGUCACCUUCUCCACAGUCCGCGGCGCGUCCCGCUUCUGCUUCCUUUGCGUUUGCCGAGAGGUUUAAAGGGUGGCGUCUUUGGGCUCACCGUGGCCUUGCGUCCCUGAAUUUGGUAGCUGACAUAUAUUGGCGGGCCUCCCCUGCAGGUGGCAGCGAGCACCAGUCACCCGCGUUUGCGGGCCAGGCGCCCUGGAUCGGAGAGCAAGCGCCCCACCCCCAGGCUGUCCGCAUGAUUGGAAUAUCCCUCGAUGGGCAUGUGACCUCCCUGGCCCUGCGCCACCGGUUCCCCCUGCAGGGAAGGCCCCAAGACCUGCACGGCCAGGAGGGUUGGAUGCCUUGGAUGGAUUUUCGCGAGCAGAGGCUGCUCAGCGCGCAGCAGGUGGACUCCCACCCCUUGGGCAGGAACGUGCGUGCGAGCCACGGCAGGGGCUCAGAGCUCACCCCUCCCUCGCCCCAGAGGGCUGUCGUGGAGGAUGUGAACUUGAUGAGCGAGUCCGAUGCAGAGGGGGGCUGUGGCCUGUCUUCGUUGAGGACGGGAGAGUGUUCAGAGGGGUCGGUGAGGAGCAGGCGUGUGCCACAGGCCACGUGCUGA